CCGUGGGCACCCGCAAGCCGGGACCACCGGGAAGCUGCAGCACGGGGAAACUGGGAACCCGCGGGCUCCGGAGAGCCGCGGCUUCAGGGAACCGGGAGUAUAUGGGAGCCAGGAAAUCAUGGGCACAGGAGAACCAGGAGGACCGGGCACCUCUGGCGCAGGGGAACCGGGAGCAGCGUGCAGCCGGGAACUGGGAGCACUGGGCAGCCACAGCACCGGGAAGCCGUAGCACUGGGGAACUGGGAGCACUGGACAGAUGCAGCACCAGGGAACUGGGAGCACCAGGAUCACCAUCUGGCACCGGGGCCUCCUGCCAGGCCAGGCACCGGCUGUGGGGACCAGCACCAGGCCAUGGCGUUGACUUCAAGAUGAAGACCAUCGAAGUGGAUGGGAUCAAGGUGCGGAUACAGAUCUGGGACACAGCCGGCCAGGAGCGGUACCAGACCAUCACCAAGCAGUACUACCGGCGGGCACAGGGCAUCUUCCUGGUGUACGACAUCAGCAGUGAGCGCUCCUACCAGCACAUUGUGAAGUGGGCCAGCGACGUGGAUGAGUAUGCACCUGACGGCGUCCAGAAAAUCCUCAUCGGGAACAAGGCAGAUGAGGAGCACAAGAGGCAAGUGCCCAAAGAGCAAGGGCUGCAGCUGGCCAGGGAAUACGGGAUGGAUUUCUACGAGACCAGUGCCUGCAGCAACCUCAACAUCAAGGAGUCCUUCACGCGGCUGACGGAGCUGGUGCUGCAGGCGCACCGCAAAGAACUGGAUGAGCUGCGGGGGCUGCCCUGUGCCCCGACCCUGGCCCGGCUGGAGGAGGACGAGCAGCAGCCCCUGGGGAGCGAGGACACCCCGAAAACCUGCUGGUGUUGAAGGCUGGGACCCCCCUGACCCCUCCUCCCCAGGCUGUAUCAGGGGGCGUGGUGGGGGCAGGAUUGGGGCAGCUCCCAUGGAGUGGGGGGCUACACAGGACACUCCCAGGACAGGGGGAUGGGAAGGUGGCAAGGGGGCCCCCCAUCCUGGCACCUGUGCUUCCCUCAGUUUGCGGGUGGGGUGGGGGCUGUCCAGGCGCUGUGUGCCUACCCCAUGCCCACCCCGUGCCCGUGGGACCCCUGGUUUUACACAGUGGUUUGCAGAAUAAAGGUGAUGCUGGAGGG